UCCCUGCCCUGGCCCCUCCCAGCAUCCCCAGAGGCUCGCACCUGGGAGCCUGUCGGCCGGGACACACCCCGGGGGAGGAGCUGUUGUCGCGAUGGGGCCCAGCCCACACUGGAUGGUCCCCUUCCGCUCCUCUGCUGGCCCCAGGGGACCGACAUGGCCCAGGAGCGUUGCACCCCCGCCCUGGAGCUCGAGCACCUCCAGCGGCUGCUGCUUUCCUGCCGGGAGGCCAAGAAGUCCGCCUACUGCCCCUACAGUCGCUUCCCCGUAGGGGCCGCCCUCCUCACCAGGGAGGGCAGGAUCUUCUCUGGGUGCAACAUAGAAAAUGCCUGUUACCCGCUGGGCAUCUGUGCCGAACGGACCGCCAUCCAGAAGGCCAUCUCAGAAGGGUACAAAGAGUUCAGGGCAAUUGCUAUCGCCAGUGACUUGCAAGAUGAUUUUAUCUCACCAUGUGGGGCCUGCAGGCAAGUCAUGAGAGAGUUUGGCACCAACUGGGCUGUCUACAUGACCAAGCCGGAUGGCACUUACGUUGUCAGGACAGUCCAGGAGCUGCUGCCUUUCUCCUUUGGGCCCGAGGACCUGCAGAAGAUCCAGUGAAGAAUGGAGAGCACCACCGCCUGGGAGACCCUGGGUUCCCACACGUGCCUAAAGGGACAGCCACCCAGAGAACUUCACAAAGACAUUUUCACAGACCCAAGGACACCUGCCGAAUGGGCCCCAACCCCACAGGCACUGGGCAGAGAUGAUUUUUCCAAAUUCCACGCAAGCACUGGGGUUUCUACUGGAGUGAGAAAGGGUUUCACUCCAGCCUGGACCAGAGCCCCUCCUUGUAAUUUGCUUUGUCCUCCCGGGAUGCAGAGCACCCUGUCCCUGUCUUUCCCUCCUGUGGGCCCUCUGUAAAAUUCCAGCCAAGACUGUGCUGCUUCCCCGUCAGCCUUCCCAAAGUUCUAUCCUGCUCUGAGCGACUUUUCUAAUUAUAAUAGAACAUCCUGAUUCAGGAGAGCAUGUUUCGCUCUGUCUCAAGCCUUGCUUACAGCUCUUAGGAGGGACAGGGUGAUUUGUCCUUAUAGAAAGACCUGGACUCUUUCUGCCGGGAGAGGAAAUGGGCACCUUGGAACUACAGUUGGAGAGUGCUGACUUUUAGGCAUCUUAGCCCUGCCUUCUCCAGACGGUAGGCCGCUGGGCUGGGUUGAACUGCCAAAAGCCAUUUCUGGAUUCUAUUUUGGGCUCAGUUAGACCUGGGGACCAGAUGCCAUCACCACCUCAGUUAUGGCUGAGAGAUUCCAAAGUAUAAAGGAGGAGGUGUGAAUUUGUCUAGACAGCAUAGCAAGUGUUUCCAUGAGGAUCCACUGUGUCAAGCAAUUUUGUGUGGAUUAUUUUGUAUUUAAAGUAUCCAACAACUCGACCAAGGGUAUCUCCCCCUUCUCCCUGGGCUUCAGAGAGGCUGAGUAACUUGCUUUAGGACUACAGCAAAGUUCAGACCAGAAUCUAAGUCCCGUAACUUCCACUAUAGUCUAGAAAAGGAGCCUGCUCUUUGCCAUGCGCUGGGAUGUGAGGAGCUGGAAUUUGAACCAGGUCUGUCUGGCUCCCCCUGUUUUUCUCUUUCUUCCACAGCUGAAGUCUGACUGCCUUUAUUUAUUGAGUCUCUUUUAUACACCAAAUACUGCAGAGGAAAAGAUGUGUAAGAAACAGUCUCUGCCCUAGAGGAACUUGCAUUCUGGCUGGGAGAGAGAGGUGUCAACGGGACUAAUGCACAGAAACACACACUGGGAUCCAGGCGGGGACCAAAUGCAAAGUGGGCAUGGUUGAGGUGGCGAGGGUGGGGUGGGGUAGGGUAGGGUGGAGAAGCCGCCUUCUGGGAAGUGAGGAGGGUCAGGGAGAGGACUGUCUUUCAUGCUGCAAUUAGGAAGGUGAAGACUAAGGGAAGGAGCCAGGCUGGCCAUCCAAAAGGGGCUGACAGUUCUGGGUGUCACCCCUGGAGGAGAUGGCCUUGGGAGCAGCUUUAGUGCCUGGGGUAGGGGGUAGGAAUAGAGUGUAGGCUUCCUCUUUCCUAGGCAAGCAAGUCGCUGGGGGCACAGGGAGUGGACGGGUAAUUCAUCCCUUCCCUGGGAGUCCUUUCCACUGAGAUCAGAGCACCUGCAGGGGUUGCUGUCUGGUAAGAUUGGCUUUCCCAUAGCACAUCCAGACCUACCAGCUGCCGUCUUGAGAGACAGGAAAGUAUUUCCAUCAUCGCUGCAUGAUGCAAAACUCCACCCUGCCUUUCUUUAGAAAUGGCUGUUGGGACCUUCAGCACACUCUUCUCAAUGUUCUCAACAAAGAAGAGUGGAGGAAAAAGAAGAAGGAAGCUGAAGAAAAUAGGCCAACAACAUCUGUUACAAUUCUGCUCAUUGGGAAUGCAGAUUCGUGACUUUUUCCCUUUGUCCAUAUCUGUAUUUUUAAAUUUCCAAACAUCUUUUAAAAUUUAACAAGAAAAAAUCUUAUAGCAUAAUGGUUAAAUGGUUGAACUUUGGAGAUGAACAGCCUCCAAACUGUGUGGCUUUGGGCAAGUUAUCACACAACUGAGUCUCAGUUUGCUCAUCUGUAAAACAGGGAUGAUCAUUCCCAGCACAUUACUGGGUGGACUGAAGGAAAUCAGACACUACUAAGAGCCCAGCGCUGAGUCUUCAGGAAGGUCUCGAUACAUGUCAGCUGUUACUUUCAUUAUGGGUAACAAAUUUGGGUCCUCCGAGGAUGGAUUUGUUUUUUGCAAACAGGCUUCUACAUUCAUUUAAUAAUUAUUUUUGAAGUGCCUACCAUGUUCUAGGGCAGGGACCAGACCUUGAAGAUGUGACAGUAAACAGAUAAAAUCCCUCCCCUCACAGGGUUCUGUCUACCUGUGGGAAAUGACAUCUACAUGAUUCUCUGUAAUUUUUUUUUAAUGAUUCUAUACUUCAUGACAAGGGUCACUCAAGGGGAAGAAAGUGCUCUGGGGGCAAGUGGCAGGAGGAGUGGGCAGGGCAGCCUUGAGGAGGGGAGAUCUCAGCCAGGGCACCAGAAGAGCCAGCCAGUUAAGGAGUGGGGUUUGAAGAGGAGCGAAAAAUGAGGACUGUCUGGAGGACUAAGCUCAGUGUUCUUAUCCUUCAUGGAUGCAGACUGGGGAAGGCCAUUUGCGAAGAAAGAUUCCAGGAAUUGUCUGAACGAUGUUCCCUUGGUAGAAUGACAUUCAUUUGGCUGCCGAGAGGCUGGGCUGUUUGUUUAAAAUAAAAGCACCUUCAUUUUUCAGUCCUACUGUUCUGAGGGCUGUGAUUUCAGAGCAGCACACGCUCUAUUGUUCAGGGCUGUCCGUGUUUUUAAGGAAGCUGAGUCCCAGAUUCCCAUGGAUGUAAAUAGAAGCAUGUAUAUUUCUGCUCUCUUGCCAGCUGCUGCUAAUUGCUUAUGGAAUCAAGAUUCUUUUGGAAUUUCCUUUGAGCAGAGGAGAACCCAACUAUGACUGACAGAUGCUAGGGGUACUUUGGGUGCCCAUGUCACAAAUGAAGCUAGAAAAUGCUGUUCAAGAAGAAAAAAUGAAAUGGCCUAAUAAGUCUCAUGCACACAUAAAAAUUUUUAUAUGAUUAUGUGAGCACAGAAACAGGCAUGGAAGGAACACCCAGUCUGUUCAUAAUUUUUGAGGGGUAUAGGAAGGGGAAGUUAAGGGAGGAGAAAUUAAAAACCCUACAACUGAGCAGAAAAAUAAUAUGCCAUAAUAAUUGCAUUAGUUAUCUACUGGUGUAUAAGAAAUUAUGCCAAAAUUUAGCAGGUUGGGACAACAAAAAUUUAUUAUCACACAGUUCCUGCAGGUCAGCAGUCUGGGCUGAUCUGGCUCAUCUCAAGGUCUGAUAUAAGGCUGCAGUUAAGGCAUCUACUGGGGCUGCAGGAUCAUCUGAAGCCCCGACUGUGGAAGGAUCUACCUCAAGGCUCACGUGUGUGGUUGCUGGCAGGAUUCCUAUGGGCUGUUGCAGUUACUCUUCAGUUCCUUGUUAGGUGGACUUCUCUACAGGUCAGUUUACAACAUAGCAGCUGACUUCCUUCAGAAGCAAGAAGCAAGAGAGCAAGAAGAGGAACAAGACACAAGCCUGAGUUUUUUGGUAACCUAACCAUGAAGGUGAUAUCCCAUCACUUUGGCCAAAUUCUAUUCCUUAGAAGCAAGUCAAUGAAGUCCAACCAACAGUCAAGGGGAGGGGAUUCUGCCAAGGCAUGGAUACCAGGAGGUGGUCACUCUAAAGAUGUAAAAAUUGAAAAUGCACAUGGACAAGGAAAAGAAAAGAAAACAGAAAAGUAGGUAAGGGUGGCAAGAGGACCAAUAGAAAAGGACUGGUUGGCUCUGUUAAGGAGUUGACCUUAUUCCAAAGGGCCACCAUCAGUUUUAGACUCGGGGGUAGGUGAGUGACAUGGACAGCUUUGUGCCUUCAAUAGCUCAGUCUGCUUAAUCAGGAGAUAUUAGAGAACUGAAGGAAAUCAUAGACAAAAUAGCUGAAAAAGUAAAAGAUUAUGCCUCUGGGCUUAGAAGGAGUUGAAACAGGAGACAAUUACUUUUCAUGAUAAGACUAUGUCUAUAUUCUGCUAGUGUUUCUUUUUUUUUAAGUAUAAUUUUCCAUUUUAUUGUUUUUUUUUCUGUUAGUGUUUCUUAAAUCAUGUAUAUGUAUUACUUUUAUUUAAGGACUUUUUAAUUGAAAAAAAUCAGAAAGAAUAAAAAGAAAGAAGAUGUAGAAAGGAAAUUCAUUUAGGAAUAAUGUAGUAUAAAUGCUAGAGAGCAAAUGUAGUAGUUGAUUCUGUUGGGGGUUGAGAGUGAGCUAUUUGACAUUCCUGUUAUUUCCUUCUGGCUCUCCUCUGACUCACCCCGGGGGAGAAGGAGUGAGUCAUGUGAUUGGGAGUUUGAAAGAAUAGCCCAGCUUCUUCCUCUCUCCUCCCAUUUGGGGGUGAGCCUACCCACUCACAGCUUGUGUUCCCAGGUGGCUCUCAAAGGCUGAAGAUCCAUCAAGCCCCAUGCUAGGGGAUCUAAGGUUUAAAAAUCACAAUCCCCAUCUUUACAGAAUUCACAGUUUAGAGGGGCAGAUAGAGAAGGGGCAUCUAGCCCAGUCUAGGAAAGGUCAAAGAAGGCUUCCUGGAGGUGAUGACCUCAAGUAUGAAUGGGGAUUCUUUCAAAGAGGUAAAUUAAGACAGAGGGAUCUACAUGGUGCUUGAGAUAACUGCAGGUAAUUUGGUACCGCUGGACCACAAAGGGCAGGGAAGGGGGAUAGCAAGAAAGAUGCUAGAGCCAAAGAGUGAAGGACCUUCUCUGUCAGGCUAAAGAGCUUAGGCUCCAUCCCAGGAGCAAUAGCAUGGGCAAUGCGCCUGUGAAGGACUUUAAGCAGCAGGUGACAUAUUUGUACCUUGAAUCAUCACUGCAAGGCAGCAAAUUUAUUGGGCUGCAUAAAACAUGGACUGAGUUUCUCGACAACACAACAUCUCUACAAUCCACCACUACCACAUUUUCUUCCAUCUUGCCCAAGCAAAACAGAGACACUUCUUCCCAAUGAAACCUCACACUCUGCCUACCGCUGUCUGAUUCUCACCUCCAAAAACUACAGCCCAGGAGUUCCAAGUUGCUGGCUUUUGAUCUGGCAGCAGCUUUGCUCUGUCAACAGUUUUAGCAAAAACUCCUUCCACCUCUGCUGGCAAUUUAGAGAUAGCAUUUCUGAAAUGGUCUGUGGAUAAAGGAUGUUGCUGCCCUGGGGAAAUGUGUCUGUCUCCUGCCAGGAGGAGACAGAGAGCAUUGAAAUGGUGCCAAAGUACGUCGUCCACGAGGGAAGGUCAAACAGUCCUCAACAGGUCUUUUUUUAAAGUCGUGUCUUUUUCCAUUUUUCCAUUAGCAUCAGCUUCCCCCCUGCCCGUGUCCUUUGGGGGAAGGUUAAAUGAUGCUUCUUGGGAAUAUUAUGCACUUUAUCAAAACUGUGCAGUCUUGCUACCUGGAGGGAAAAAGGUACAAUAAAGACACAAGAUGCCCACAGAGCAGUGUGUAUACCAGAUAAGAAUCCUGUGGCUUCCCAGCAACCCCCUCCAUUCUCCUCUAGUUCUUAUGGCUGAGCCUAUGAGCAUAUCAAAGACUGCUUGGUAUGUGGUUGAUGUUUAAUAAAUGUUCUCUGAAUGAA